UCCCAGUUAACGGAAGAUGAUGUCAGAUUGGUUUGGCUCACCACAAAUCCUAGUUGAGGUAGGCAAUGCAAGACGUCAGUCACCAUUGCAGAAGAAGUGGAGAUAUUGUCUGACUGCUCUGGAAUUUCCUUUCUGAUGGGCCGUCAGUCUGCUAACAUGCCUGUAUAACUAACGAAAUGGAGCUGCACUUGUGACCUGAUACGUUCAAUCUCUAUUGCGACGUCUCCGCGUGCGCAGGGCCGUUUCAUAACACAUUGUCGCGCACUCUGCGAUAUGGGGACUGUGCUCUCUGUAUCACCUAUAGCAACUAAAGGGACCGUUCUGAAAGAUGGAGAAGAUGAAGCCAACGGGAAAAUAGAGAAAAGCCUAAAAAAACAGUCAGUGAUCGUGUCCACGCUCACAUUUAAGCGACUAGUGACUGCAUCAGGUAAGAAAAAAAGUGCCAAGAAAGUAAGUCCGACUCCUCUUCCACAGCCAGCGAGCAGUCAGGUCGAGCAUCUGAAUCAGGAGAACUUCAGGAAAUCGCAACAGUCCGAGAAGAAAACGAAAAAUGGAGCUCUUGCGGUGUCCAUCCCCACGGUUCCUCACCAUCUGGACCAGGAUCAGGACCAGUUGACUCCAGCGGCGAAGCAACUGGUGUCGGUUCAGAAGCAGCCCAGCAGCCGGUCGCUCCUCUCGCCGAGGCGCGUGAUCGUCCAGGCCUCCACCGGGGAGCUGCUCCGUUGUCUGGGCGAAUUCCUGUGCAAACGAUGCUGCAAAGUCAAGGAACUAACCCCGAAUGCGGUUAUCCUCUGGUUCCGAAAUGUGGACAGGACUCUGUUGUUGCAGGGCUGGCAGGACCACGGGUUCAUUACGCCUGCCAACCUCGUGUUCGUCUAUCUCCUCAUUAGGGAAACUGUAACCGAUGAUGUUGACAAUCCACGUGAACUCCAAGGGACUUUUCUGACCUGCCUCUAUCUGGCAUAUUCCUACAUAGGGAACGAGAUUUCGUACCCUCUCAAGCCCUUCAUGGUCGACACCAAUAAGGACGUGUUCUGGGAACGUUCGUUAGAUGUAAUCGAUAAACUGAGCGGCAAAAUGCUGCAGAUUAACAUGGAUCCGCACUUUUUCACAGAGGUUUUCCAAGAUUUAAAAAACAAAGGAGAUCUUAAGAAGGAUGGAAGCGAACUGGACCGCUGAGUGUGAUCAGAAUCUGAGCAGAGAUCAAUUAGGCUACUGCUGAUUUAUUGGAUGUAAUUGUAAUCAGCUCUGCCUGACUGUUGCAUUGCACCAUGAGCCGAUUAAUCAAUUAAUUAUUUAUGACACUUAUGUGUUUGCUUUGUUUUAACAGUAUUAAGUAGCCCGGUGAAGUGAUCCAUAAUUGCAAACAUCGCUUCAUCGGUGUAGCUGCAGUUUUACGCAUGUCGUAUAGAUACAUCAGUUGCUGUGAUUCACAAUCAUUCAUAAAAAGGGAAGACACAACGUUUAUUAACUGUCAGUCUCAUCUGUCAUUUCUAAGUUAUCUGGGUCUCUAUCCUCCUGAGAUCUAAAGAUAUGUUGUAUGCAUUAGAAUUGUUUUACAUAAUUUAAGUGAUUGGUGUAGCCCAACAGACUGUAUUCAUUUAGUUCUAAAAUAUAUAUACCAUUUAUGGAAUAUUGUAUUGACCACUUUAUUAUUAAAAAGUCUGGACGUUGCUAUUUCAAGUCUUGAAAGAUACUGUGGACAGUUGACUGGGUCUCAGGAGGGUAAAGCUCCAGUUGAAGAAAUGAAUGGAACUAUCCAAGGUGCUGACCUGUGUGUGCUCAACUUACUCUACUGACAGACGCCUGUCUCCAGCCAUUCUGGAUCUGAAACUUGAAAGUAUUUUCUCUUCACUGAGAUGUGCCAAUUCAUGUGUGAUCUUACUGUUUUGAUUCAUUCACAGUGGUUUGAAAAAAAGGGCAAAUCAUGCUUGGAGUUCAUUUUAUACUGCGACGUGAUUCUUCAGUGCUCUUGCUUGAACGAAAUAAAACCCAGUCUGCCUGGUUUUCUUGAUCGAUAA